AUGCCUAGGGGAGGGCAUCCUACUAAUCCUAGGGUUGGCAGGGGGGGAGGGGAAGAGGGUAACUCCUACCUACCCCUACACGACCGGGACCAAGGUCCCCGUCGCCCCGUCGGCUGUCCGUCCCGCGACCCCCCUGUCCGGCCGCUGCCGCGCGCCCUCGCCUCCGCCCCCGGGGUCGGGGCGGGCCGAUCGGGGUUGCAUUGGAUUCCGCUCCCCCGACUGCAUCUAACUGUGGCACUGGCGGGGUCCCGAUCUGCCGGCGUGGCUGCGCAAACAGCGUGCACCUGUCGGGAUCGGCUCGCCCUGCUGGUUUCGCCAGGUGCACUGCUCCCCCCUGUGGCCGCACUAUAUUCUGCGCCAGAUGUGGACCGACUGGACCCACUGCAGCCACUGGGGAUGUCCUACCCUGACCUGUCACUGGCGGCCGCGGCCGGCUGCAACCUGGACCAAUUGCUCCCCCAGAUCCCCAUGAUGGCGGCUGCCGGCCAUGGCAUGAGCUAA